GCAGGUGAAUAUUCCCAGCAGGACGAACAAGAUCCAGGUAGACCUCGCUGCAGAAAGGAGUCAGGGUGCAGAAGAUCAAGUAUGAUUAAGAACCUGUGGAGAUUCGUUAAGGCAAUGAGCAGAAAUCUGUUUCCACGUGAGAAGUUGCAGUUACCUGCAGGAGAGGACUGUUCAUCUUCCAUGACCGCCUGUGUGGAAGAUUGGACACAAAAGCUGGAAAGUCUGGAAGAUUCCAGUGGAAUCAUGAUUACCCCAAAACAAGACGACACAGAAGAACACAAAGAAGAAAUGCAAAAGAAAAUAUUGGAGCAUUUUCCAUGGAAGAAAAAAGAGGACAAGGCAGUGGGCAAGUGUGGGGACAAUGUAGGAGUGCUGGAUUUAGCUGUGGUGGAAGACUACAUCGUGAAAGACUUUGGAAAACUACCCCUUCCUUCCAACCGCGCUUUCGACGUCCCAAAAUCCAAUGUGAUUCCCUGUCUGCUGAACGGACGUGACUCUGUCUGUUCUAUCGCUGGGGAUGAAGCUAUCAAUAUACCGGUGAUGACACUAGAGGAAGUGAGGAAUUUGGGCCUUGAAGCUUCAGUGAGACCCGUCGGUGAAGCUGAGGACCUGAGGAAGGUCUAUGGCCCCCUGACAAUCGUCGGAGCUCUUCACAAUAUCUACGUCCAGCUGGGAGAAAUGGACCCUUUGACUUUCACUUUCGCGGUCCAAGAUAGGGACAUGUUCCCCAGAAUUUCACUAGGAAACAGGUUCCUUGCGGAACAUGGUGCAGUUUGGGAAUUUUCCAGUGAGGGUUCGAGGGUUUCACUGAAACAGCAGAACGCCGAUGGUGUGCCUGAAGCCCCGCUAUAUUUCGAGGCUGUGUACCGUCAGCGGAACGAGGCAGACAGAGUGACGGUGCAGGUAACAGAGCGAGGCCCAUCAUAUGUUAUGGCUGAUGUCAGCGAUCGAAUGCAGAGUGGUGACUUGCCAGAACUGAACUGCAUCCGCUUUGACAUUCUCGGACAGAAAACAAAAAAUAUCCGGGUUUUGAAAACAUACACUCUAGCAUACAGUGAUGCGGAUGUUUCCUUGGGAAAGACCUUUUUCCACGAUGCGCAUGCUAUUGUGGAUUAUCAAGAAAGAGCGCUCUACCUGAAACUCAGCGGUCGUUUUCAGAAGAUUGCCCUGGAAAGAGGACGUUCAUACAUAGGUCAUGAUAUCCUUCCAAGAGUGGUAAUGUGGCAAGAUCCUCAAGAUCGAGGUCCCGAAGGGAAAGAACCUCGCCCGCAAAACUUGCCUAAUGAUGCUGUCCGUUUACCAGAGCCAGGACCGCAAGAGAGGCCUCAGAAACGACCAAGCUUUUUGAGACAUUUGCCUGAGAAGAGAGACGACAGGAGGAGGAGGAGGAUAAGAGAAGUCCCAAGGCCCCAUAAGCCUCCAGCAUACAAACCUGAGAGGAAAAUUCCGCGUUUUUUGCCCAAGGAAGAGGCAGCAGCAGCACCUAGACAGCAUGACUGGAGCCAGAUGUCUUCAGCGUCUUCGACUUGGAAAGAGACACCAAAAAAAGAAAAAGGACAUUUUAUUCAAGAUAUUUUGUAAUGAAAGAAGAAAUGUUCAUUUCCACCUCUUUCGAGAACUUUUUAUUUGAUUUACUCACAAUCUUUGUAUUUCCUUUUUCCACAUUAUGCAAGUUAUAUUUUUAGUUAUAACUGAAGGAUAAUAUAAGGGAUAUUUUAAGUUAUCAAGUGUAUAACUGUACUAGCGUGUGCAUAUAA